AUGGGCAUCCUAGCACGAGCAAACGAUGCUCUAAGCGUCAACCCUCCAACGGGAGUAGCUGAAGCGCUAUCCGAAAAUGGGUCCGACUGGUUAUGGGCAGUAACAGCCAUUUACGCUAUUGCCUUCUUCGCUGCUCUAGUCCCUUGCUUCACCACACCCCCAAACAAAAGAGUCUUCCACUAUAUCUUCGCCUUUGCCCUCCUAGCUGGAACGACUACUUACUUUGCCCAAGCUUCUGACCUGGGCUGGAGCGCCAUUUCCCAAGCCGAGAACCUCGACAAUGGCAUCACCCGCCAAAUUUUCUACGCGCGCUACAUAAACUGGGUGAUCGGGUUCCCGGCCCUGGUGUUAUCCCUCGGUCUUCUAGCAGGUGUGUCUUGGACGACGAUCUGCAGCAAUAUCUUCUGUGCGUGGUUUUGGGUUCUGGCAUACCUUGCUGCUGCGUAUACAACUACGGUGUAUAAAUGGGGAUUCUUUGCUUUUGGGACGUUUGCUUGGAUUAUUUUGGCUAUGAGUACGCUGAAUGAGAGUCAUGAGUCUGCGGUUAGGGUUGGAGUUGGAAAGGAUUAUCUUAUUUUGUCUGGUAUUGUGAAUGCGGUUUGGUUUUUGUAUCCGAUUGCGUUUGGGCUAAGUGAUGGAGGGAAUGUCAUUGGGGUUACGGGUGGGUUUGUUUUUUUGGGGAUUUUGGAUGUAUUUAUUUUGCCGGUUGUUAGCGUGGUCUUCUUAUUGUUUACUGGGAAGUGGGACUACGAGAAGUUGAAUCUGGCUUUUAGUGAGGUUCGAGGAGUGUGA